GCACAAGAGACCGUUCCAGAAUGAUGUUCUAUGGUGUCAGAUAGAACGAAUCAAAACAAAACAAAACAUAGACCAAGAACAGGACAGAACACAACACACAGGGAGAGACACUGGGACAUUUCUUCUUCUUUUCCCAAGGAAAGUAUCGGUGAUUUUCCGUCGCUUUUGUAGCAGUAAACUUGUUGUUUCGUCUCGGACAAGAUGCAAUCCUCUUACCGCUCGUACCAGCCGAUCACCCCGGCAAACAACAAACUACUCAAGAAACGGUGGGACCAGAAGCGCUUCUACACACAUAGGAUGAAAGUGCAAAAUGCCAGUCCCGUGAUAGACAACAAACCUCCGCGGACAUACAUGCACCUUCAUCUCAAGCUUAAGAAACUUCAGGUUGAGGAGGAACGGCUGGCCACAGUGGAGCGGGAUAACCGGAUCCUGCUGGAGAAGAUCGGCUUCAUCAUGCGGACAGGCGGGAGGGUGGACAACAUCAACCGGGACUACAUACCGAAAAGCCUGAACAAGACCAAACGUCAGCGGGAGAUCCUGCGCAUCACGCACGAGAACCACGCCAUCCUCAAGCGCAUCUCCUCCAAGGAGCCCAACUACAACCACCUGCAGUGUGAGGAGGAGUGGAAUCUCAACCAAAUAUACAAGGACAACAUCUCCAAGUACAUCGGACCUCCCAGAGACGCCAAGCGGUGGAAACCUCCAGCUAAAAACAACAAUGUUUAAAACUGUCCACAUAGGCAUGGUCUUUAUAUUGUUAACAAGUUGGGCGGAUCCAGUCUUCAAAACUGUACAUAAAUCAGAAAUAGAAGCUCGGUAUUUGGGAAGUCAUAGUUUCCCUCAUUGUUAAGAAUGCAAUAAGAACCCCUUCCUUGUCUGCUGUGUUUUGACAGAGAAUAUUUGACUGUACGUCCACCCCCACAUUGCAGAAGUAAGGAGAACCUAAAGCGAUUGUAAGGUCAGGCUGUAUUUACCACGGUUCUGUAUAUCGUGAUCAAGUAGAAAAGAAAACACUGACUUUGAGGACAUGAACUGUAUGGCCCUGCCUUUUUUGUCUAUACAUUGUCAUUACAUGUAUGUAUUCAAAUAUAUUGUUUGGUUCUCUCUU